AUGAGGACUAUGGCAGUCAAGAAAGGACUUUACAGGUAUGAGAGAGAACUUCCACAGGAUGAAAGUUGGAAGAAGAAAGGGAAGAAAGAGAAGAAAGCCAAGAAGCAGGAUGCAGAAGAGAAGACCAACUACAGUCGAAAUAGGAAGAAGAGACACACUGAGAGUAAAAAAACAAUUCCUGUAGGGGAGAAGCCCCCUGAAGAUGGAAGGAAUAAAAGGAAAGCUGUUAAAAAAGAUCAAACUAAGAAGAGAAAAGAAAGUCUCUCAGAUGUGACAAGUAAACCUGAGAGCAAGAAGAGAAGACAAGAAGAGAAAGAAGAAACAACUAAAAGUAAAAAGAAAACCGGCUUAGAAGAGAUGAAAAUUCCUCAGAGCAGCAGAAGAAGGAAGGAGCAGGACAAGAGGAAAAGACCAAGGAGCCCAGAAGAUCCAUUGGAAGGUGGAAGUGGAAGUGCACCGAAGAAAUCCCAUGUGGAUGAGAAAAGAGCAGCCCCCCUGGACAUACAGAGGUACAAAUUCCACCAAGAGCUAGGAGAAGGCACGUUUGGACAGGUGAUGUUGGCAUCAUAUACACCGAAGAAACAACUUGUUGCAAUUAAGACGGUGCCCAAACAACCCAGCAAGGGCAACUAUACCUGCAUCAUGAAGGAGGCCCGACUCUUGAAGAUCGCCAGAGGAUGCCCCUUUCUAUGCCAUUCUCAUGCCACGUUCCAAUCCGAGCUGCAUGCCUUCUUCGUGCUCGAGUAUGCCGACGGGGGAACACUGCACAAAGUUAUUGCAGACCAAGGAAAUCUGUCAAUGAAAAACAUCCAAUUCUACACUGCAGAGAUGGUGAUAGCCCUACAGUUCCUUCACUCCAAUGGCAUCAUUCACCGUGAUCUGAAGCCUGAAAACAUCUUGGUGGAUAACAACGGGCACAUCAAGAUCUGUGACUUCGGCCUUGCUGUUGAAGGAAUGUUCGGCGGAAAGAAAAUCAGCGGAUUGACAGGAACACCUGGAUACCGUGCGCCGGAGGUCAGAAAUCUUUUUUUUUAUGUAAUUUAUACACAGAUGAAUUCAAAUCUAUUUGUCUUUUUCUAUUUUGGACACCUUUGCUGUGUCUAGUUUAUAUAACUGUGUUUCUGUUACCCAAGAAGAUAAUUAGUUCUUUUUUUCU